AUGAUCCCCCUCGAGAAACCAACGGCCGACACCUCGAGCAUCACCUCCAGCCAAGACUCCAUCGCCGAAGCAAAGGCCCAAACUCACAAGCCGACUACCACCCCGGGACCGACCAAGAACGGGCUCGAAUUCUCCGUCCCCGCCAGCUCGGUGAUCCAGUCUCUCGACCAAUGCAGCGGCGUCAUCACUAUAGUCGCACACAAUCCGACGAGCCGAUCCAUCGCCUUCCUCCUGGAUGGCUGGGAUGGUCAAGAUUUUCCCUGGAACAUGUCAAAGUCUCGCAAGUCGACCUUUUACCACGACAUGGGGGUCAAAGAUGGACAAAUCCUCUCCAAGUAUAAUCUCACCAUAGAGUGCUUCACCCUGGAUUUAGGCCGCACGGGCGUCCUCGGCCGGAUGAGGCAGUGGUGGACUCUCUUCAAGGACUGGGAAUGCAGAACGCAGGUGUGGAACGUCGCGCCGGGCGAGACGCGCAAGCUCUCCGUGUGCAAUACCUUGACUCGGUGGGCUGGGUUUGCGGAGAAGAAGAAGGGCCUGGUCAGGCUCUUCAAGCGGAAGACCUAUAUUGCGGAGCUGGACAAGGAUUUCACGGCCGAACAGUGGCGAGAUCCGGACUUUCGAAAAUCGCCGAACCCGCGCUGGGAGUGUCCGCGGGAUGAGCAGUGUGGGUGUAGACGGGAGGCGCGCGUGAUAGGUAAUGCGGUGGUCGUGGAAGAGUCUUGA